CAGGUCGAAGGGAUUCAAAGUCACCUUCAGUCUAUGAAAAUCUGCCACAGCUCUAAGAUCUUGAGUCCUGGUUGUAAGUUACCGUAAGCCAAUAAUGAAACUUCGCCUGGCUGCUGUUACGGUUCUCCUGCUGGGGAUUAGCAUAACGCCCAGGGCGUCUUCCCUCAAACCCGGGUUCAGAAACGGGAGAAGCAGGAAUGGAUUUCUCCCUCCUCCGCCAGUGCCUGAAGGAAUUAUUCCACCUGGGGAACAGUGGUUUACGCAGCAUCUGGACCACUUCAACCCCACCGAUACGAGGACUUGGUCGCAGAAAUACUACACCAACUUCGAGUUCUACGUGGAAGGAGGACCUGUUUUCUUGAUGAUUGGAGGCGAAGGUCCUGCCUCUGUUGGGUGGAUGUAUUCCGGGUCUUGGUACGACAAUGCGAAGCAGCUGAACGCGGCUCUCUUCCAGGUCGAGCAUCGGUAUUAUGGAGACAGCCACCCCACAGAAGAUAUGUCUUCAGAAAACCUAGUUUAUCUAAGCAGCGAGCAGGCCCUGGCUGACCUUGCGACGUUCACCAUUGCAAUGCAAGAGGAGAUGGGACUGCAAAAUAAUAAGUGGAUUGUCUUUGGAGGCUCUUACUCUGGGUCCCUGGCUGCGUGGUAUCGUCUCAAGUAUCCUCAUCUGGCUCACGGAGCGGUUGCCACAAGCGCGCCCAUGUUAGCCAAAGUGGAUUUCCGAGAAUACAUGGAGGUGGUCAGAAACUCACUGGCAACAGCGAGCGAGGACUGCAACGUCGCCAUAAAAGAAGCGAAUGUGGAAAUGGAGGUACUGCUCGCAGACCCCGUUGGGUGGGGCGCUCUCAGCGAGAGAUUCAGGUUAUGUUCUCCUCUAGAUGCUUCCGUCCCAGAUGACGUAUCACUUUUCUUCGAGACGUUGGCUGAUAACUUCGCUUACGUUGUCCAGUACAACAACGAAGUGGGAUCAGUUAACAUAGAUUCCGUUUGCGCCGUUAUGCAAGACGAGUCCUUAGGAGGCCCUCUGGCCAGGUACCAAGAGGUGAACAAUAUACUCCUUGACUUGUUCGGGGAGACUUGUCUGGAGCACCGAUACGACAUGAUGGUGGAGGCGAUGCAGAAAACCAAAUGGGAGGAAAACAUGGAUGGAGGUCGCGCUUGGGUCUACCAAACGUGCACGGAAUUCGGUUGGUACCAAAGCUCUGAUUCUGAGGAACAGCCGUUUGCUCGCCAGUUCCCCCUGGACUUUUUCAUCGAGAUGUGCCAGGAUAUCUAUGGGACCAACUUUACGAGGGAGGUGUUGUACGAGGGCGUGGCCAGGACGAACGCGAUAUACGGAGGUCUCCGUCCAGAAGUGACCCGGGUUGUGUUUCCCAACGGUUCCAUAGACCCUUGGCACGCCGUCAGCAUUCUCUCUGACCUAAGCAGCGAAGCCCAUGCCAUCUUCAUCAAUGGAACUGCUCAUUGUGCCGACAUGUACUCGCACUCACCUGGAGACCCACCUGAGCUGGACAAAGCGCGUGAGGAGAUCUUCAGCCUCAUUCAAACAUGGCUGAGCAACUAGCAACGAUAGCAAGUUGAACCGCCGGGACCACAAACUGAGUCCGCAGUUGCUAAAUACUUAAAACAAAAGACGAUGUAAAAGCUCCAACGUAUUUUCCUUAUUCUAAUUGCAAACAUUUUUGUAAUUUUUUUUUUUUGCUCGUGGAAUUUAAUAAACAAAUAAAUUAUGAUCUUUCGUGGAAAAAG